UUCGACUUUUUGCUAAUAAGUCAGAGUAAAAAUUCAAAAUCUUUAAUUUGUACUGUAAUAGUAAGAAAUUACAAAGAUCAUUUUUGUAUCGAUAGUGACCUUGCGUGGGGAGAGAUAUAAACAAACAGAAGCACUACCAAAUACUCAACGACGUCGUUUCAUCAUAUUCCAGAAUCUUCUUCUCCGGCGUCUCCACCGGACCGGAAAACGCGGAAUCUUAAAAAAAGAACUUAUACAGAUCUAAAUUACCGUAAUCCGAUGGGAAUAAUAAGCAAUAGUUUUCCAUUCAUUUUAGGCACAAUAUGUGGUGUAUAUAUUGCUCAGAAUUACAACGUUCCAAAUCUAUAUAAGCUUUCUGAUCACGCUGUUUCCAUGGCCAAACAAAUCGAGCAACGAUAUCGUAAACCUAAAAAACCUGAUGAUGAUUUUUAAGGUACAAAUGAAGCUGUAAGAUCAUGUUUUGAUAUAACUCGUUUUUUUACCGCUUUCCAUGUUUCUUUAGCAUUCGAAUUGCAAGGAGGGAGUAUAAUACCCAGGUUAUUACCGGAUAUUCUGUUUUACAUAAUGUGUAUAUACAGUUUUGUUAUGCAAAAGAUCUCACAAUUUGAAAAUCACUUUUUCAAAUUAAUUGGAUGGAUAGCGGAUGCAACCAAUUGCUACUGUUUGAUUCUUGCAUGAUAUUGUUGAAUACGUUUCAAUGUUUAUUUGAUACCAAUAAUUUAUGUUAGGAGUUUAAUUA